GCGACAUGGCAUAUGUCGAUCAACUGAAAGAUCUUAUAUCAGACAAAAACUUCAACGCUGUCCAGUUUUAUAAAAAUUUAAACUUCCCUUUUGCUCGAAAGAAGGAUGCAGAAGAAGUCUUACACGAAUCAUUGAAAAUUAUCACAUCCGAAAAUAACGUGAAAGCUCGGAAACUGUUGGCAAAUUUUGACAAACUUAUCAACGCCAACCCAGUAGUGUCCUACUGGGACGGUAUCUAUAUACAAAAUGAAAAAAAUAAAACUCAAUUUAUUAAAGAUGCAUUGAAAGAAAAGGAUAAACAGGAAUCUUACCAAAUAAAAUUAAAUGUACGAGAAGAGCACAUUAUUGAAAGUAAUCUACUUUUAGCAGAAAAAAGAAAGAGCAAUGAAGAAUUAUUAACUCCUCCAAACAAGGUCAGGAUUUGUGAUACAGGGUAUAAUAGUGAUUCUAGUGAAGAGUCAUACUCAAGCCCUGAGGUUGCACCAAGAUCACUUACAAAUGUUUUUCUUGAGUUAAAAGAUUCUUGUGCUAGUGGUGAAGUUGAUGAUGGUACUAUUUUUAAAUCUAUGAAUAAUAAUAAUGGGGAUGAUUAUAUCUUGGAACCUAAGGAUAAUCAUGAACAAAGUAAUGUUGAAGUACAACAAAAACUUAUUUCAGAAUCAGUUGAAGGAAACCAUGCUGAAGAUCAAGGAUCUGCGUUGCAAAGUAGGUUUCCUAAAAAUAUUCUUGACAAGAAUAUUGAGCGGAGGGUAUCCAAUAAAAAAGCACUGAAAUCAAUUACUACAUUUUUAGAGGAAGUAAAAGCAGAUUAUCAAAAUGCUGGUCCUCAAUUAGCCGCUGCACUAGACAAAUUUGCCGGUCAAAAAUUAGCGCGUCAUCUCAAACAUUAUUUCGCGCAUCAGAAACUCCCAGCAAAUUCCUCGAUCGAAGAAGUAGUACUGAGAAAAUUUCCGAGCCCAGCCUGCAACGAGCGUUUCCCUAUACAAGGAGUAAGCGGUGAAUUUAUUCAAUUCCGGCAAACAGUUAAUUCGCUCGAACCAGUCUACGCCGAACCGGCUGCAGAAGCGUUCGAUCAGUUUACUCAAGAAAGGACCGAAGAAAAUCUCAUAAAAUUCCUUAGGCAAAUCGCGUUCAGAAUAAUACCCAAAAAUCCAAAGAGCUUUGCACAAAAAUUACUAAAUUUGUCAGAAUUUGACCUUCCAUUCUCCGAUAUAGGUAGUCAUCCGCCUAGUUCUCUGUUACAAGAUUAUUCGGACGAAGUAGCCACAUACAUUCAGAACGCACUCAAAAGGGAAAAUCAAUUUAGUACCCAACCACUUGGAACCAGAGUAAGAGCAGCAGUAGGGUAUCUCUUUACCCAAGGAAGCUCAAAACAAACCUCAAAACCCUCCAGUACCGCGUCAACUAGCAGUCUAGAAGAAGGAGAAAUCCUACAAGAUCGAACCCUUCCGACUCCAGUAGAAACUCCAGAAUAUACAGCUGUGGGCGAAGAAGUACUUAACGCCAGGAGAAACGCGUACCAAUUGGCACAAGCAGCCACCUCCUCCAGAUCAUUACCAGAGUUUACCUCCCGAAAACAAGAAAAGAGCCGCGUUUUAUCUGACCUAGAUACCGAAAACCUAGCAGACUCAGGAACUCUUGUAGUAAGAGACGAAGACGACGAAACAGAUAAAGGAGUUAGUGGGAGUGGAGAUUUAUAA